AUCGUGCGUGGCAAUCAGAUGCCCUCAUCGUGCGUGACAUUGCUGUCAUGCGCUCUAGGCCAACGCAGUGAAGCCUUCAAAUAGGACGAACCUAGCUAGAUAAAUUCGAUCCUUCGGCCGCGCGCGUUGCAUCACCAGCACACAUAGACACUGCCGCAGCUGCGACUUCUCAUCGCCGGCCGGCCAUGACUGCUCCCUCGUCACCGCUGCUCACGCUGGUCCUCCUCCUGCUUACGUCGUCGCCGGCCGUGGCGUGCGCCCACCCCGGCGGCGACCUCAAGCGCAUCCGCGUGUACAUGCACGAGACCCUCUCGGGGCCGAACGCGACCCUGCUGACGUCGGUGCAGUCCCCGCUGGGCGGCAGCGCAACGUUUGGUCAGAUCGGCGUGCUGGACAACGAGCUGCGGGACGGGCCGGACCGGGGUAGCUCGUCGCUGCUGGGCCGUUUCCAGGGCUUGUUCGCCAUGACGGGGCUGGCUAGCACGCCAGGCCUGUUGUCGGCGGUCAACGUCGUGUUCACUGCCGGGCAGCACCGCGGGAGCACGCUGGCCAUGUUGGGCACGAUACAGGACUUACGGGCUACCGUCGAGCGCACCGUCGUCGGCGGGACCGGCGCGUUUCGGAUGGCGCGCGGGUACAGCUCCAUGGUUUACGUGCCUGAGGCGAGCACGACGAACCACGAUGUCUAUAGGAUCGACUUCUUUGUUGAUGUUUAGUUUUCUCCAUGGAGAUUGUUUUAAGAAUCAGUGAAAUAAAAGGAAGAGAACGGAUGCAUAAUUAACGCGUCGCAAA